GGGUCUGAGUCCCCGCAGGAGGCGUUGGCCCCCCCCAGCCAGCUGAAGCCCCCCCAGCUCUACGAGCACACGCUGGAGGGGGACGAGCAGGUAGUCUUCACCCACCGCAUCAACCUGCCCCCCCCAGCCUGUGACUGCGAGGGGGGGGCCCUGCGGGAGGCGCUGGCCAGGCUGCGGGCGCUCGAGGCCCAGGUCCAGGCGCUACGGGAGCAGUGUGGGGCCAAGGGCUGCUGCCCCUCCUCCGCCCAGGCCGGCACAGGCCACACAGACACCCAGAGCCUCUGCGGCCGGCACGGCGCCUUCGACCUGGCCACCUGCGGCUGCGUGUGCCAGCCAGGCUGGGGCGGCCCCACCUGUGCCGAGCCGCAGUGCCCGGGGGGCUGUGGGGGCCGGGGUGAGUGUGUGACCGGACGCUGCGUCUGCCCCCCUGGCUUCACCGGCUCCCACUGCGAGACGCCCGUCUGCGCCGACGACUGCAACGACCAGGGCCGCUGCCAGGGCGGGCGCUGCCUCUGCUUCCCCGGCUACUCGGGGCCGGCCUGCGAGACGCCGGACUGCCCCGGGGACUGCCAUGGGCGCGGGCGCUGCCAGGACGGGCGCUGCCUCUGCAGACCUGGCUACGCCGGCCCGGACUGCGGCACCCAGGCCUGUCCUGGCGACUGCAGCGAGCGCGGGCGCUGCCUGAAGAAUGGGGUCUGCGCCUGCCACCGUGGCUACACUGGGCCUGACUGCAGCCAGCCUGCCUGCCCCGGCGACUGCGGGGGGCACGGGGAGUGCCGGCACGGGGAGUGCCACUGCCAGGACGGCUACGCCGGCGAGGACUGCACCAUAGAGAUCCCAGCCGUGACGCUGCGCGUGGGGCGCCGGGACGAGGGCUCCUUCCGCCUGCAAUGGACUCGCCCCAAGAUCCACGUGGAUGGAUAUGAAAUUCGCCUCGUUCCCACGGGUGACCCCGAGGGCGCCGUGUCCCUGCAGCUGCCCGGCUCGGCCACGUCCUUCGAGCGCUCGGGGCUGGGCCCAGGCCAGGAGUUCAGCGUCACCGUCCGGGCCCAGCGGGCCCAGCGCCUCGGGCCCCCCGCCACCCAGAGCGUCCGCACCCGGAUUGACGCUCCCCGCGACCUGCGCCCCACGGGGGCCACGGCCACCUCACUGAGCCUGCGCUGGGAGCCCCCGGCUGCCCAGCCCGAUGGAUACACCCUGCGCUACAGCCCAGUGGGGCGGGACAGCUCCGAGCCCCCCACCCGCCUGCCCCUGCCCCCUGACCGCACCACCCUCACACUGACCGGCCUCCGCAGCACCACCCAGUACACCCUCGCCCUGACUGCCCACCGCGGCCCAGAGCAGAGCCCUCCCGCCAGCACCAGCGCCACCACCGGGUUUUUCUUUCCCUCUCUCCCACAGCGAGUGAUCGGUUCAUUCUGCCCAGAGCAAGGCUGCCCGGGAGCCCAGUCGGAUCCAGAACCUCCCCCUCCCACUCACCCCCGACUCACCACCCUCUUCCCAGCCAUUUAG